GGAGAGGUGGGGUUGCACUAAUACCAAAACAAUAGAACGCAAAACAAUCAGGGAGUGAAGCUCAACACUAGACACUCAAGUGAAAAUAAAAGGAGAAGAGAAGAACACACAAUCCUGAAAGAUGGGAGAGAUGGCAGAUCCAAUCCAGUUAAAAGAUGAGGGAAACAAGCAUUUCCAAGCCAUUGAGUGCUACACAAAAGCCACCAAGUUGUGCAAAGACAAAAAGGUGCUCGCUGUCAUCUACAGGAACAGAUCAGCCUGCUUCCUGAAAAAGGAAAGCUACACCAAUGCAGCCUCCGAUGCCUCCAAAGCCAUUGACGUGGAUGCAGCAGACGUCAAAGCCCUGUUCCGGCGGUGCCAGGCUCUGGAGAAGCUGGACAAGCUGGACAUGGCCUUCAAAGACGUCCAGAGGUGUUCCACCAUCGAGCCCAAAAACAAGACCUUCCUGGAGACCCUCAGGAGGCUGGGGGCGGAGAUCCAAGCCAAGCUGAAGACAACCUUCUCCACAGACUCACGGGUCAAGAACAUGUUUGACAUUCUGCUUGAUGAGGAGAUGGACAAGGACAAGAAGGAAAAGGCUGCUAACAACCUGGUGGUUCUGGCCAGAGAAGAUGCUGGCGCUGAGAGAAUCUUCCAGAACAACGGAGUGCCUCUGCUGUUGGAUAUGCUUGAGACCGGAAAAGUAGAGAUGGUCCUGGCUGCUAUCCGUACCUUCGCAGGAAUGUGCACUGGACACAAAGCACGGACCAUGGCCAUUAUCCACCUGGUGGGCAUUGACAAGCUGUGCAGCAUCAUGGCUGUCGACAAUGAGGACAUCGCCUUGGCAACUUCCGACCUGUUCCAGUGCAUCAACGACUCCCUUACCGGAGGAGACCAGAGGAUUUAUGGGAAGGAGGAAGCCCUGGUUUUGGAUGCAAGCAAAGACUUGAAGAGCAUCCUGAUGGCCCUGCUGGAGAUGGUUGCCAGUAAGAAGGUUUCAGGACACGGCAGAGACCAGGCCCUGAACCUGCUGUGCAGGAACGUGCCUCGCAAGGACAAGAAAGACCAUGACCACUCCAAGAGCCUCUUCACCAUCGACCAUGGUCUGAAGAAGAUCCUGAAGGUGUGUGGCCAAAUAACUGACCUCCCAGACCAGCUGCCCAUGACGGAGAACACUCAGCUCAUCGCCAGCGUGUUGCUUGACAAGCUCUGGGACGACCUGCGCUGCGACCCUGAGAGAGACCACUACAGGGAAGUCUGUGACGAGUACAUCAAAGGCAAGUUUGACCCCAACGACAUGGACAGGAACAUCCACGCCAUCAACGCUCUGUCAGGCCUGCUGCAGGGGCCAUUUGAGGUUGGCAACCAGCUGGUGGGUCGCCAGGGCAUCAUGGAGAUGAUGGUGGCGCUGUGCGGCUCUGAGCGUGAGGUGGACCAGAUGGUCGCUGUGGAAGCGCUGAUCCACUCCUCGACGAAGAUGAGCCGCGCCUCCUUCAUUAUAACCAACGGCGUGUCGCUGCUCAAAGACAUCUACAAGAAGACCAAGAACGAGAAGAUCAAGAUCCGUGCACUGGUGGGUCUGUGUAAGCUGGGCUCAGCAGGUGGAGAUGACUAUAGUAUGAGGCAGUUUGCUGAGGGCUCCACUGAGAAACUGGCCAAGCAGUGCAGGAAGUGGCUGUGUAACUCUGCCAUGGACACGAAGACCAGGAAGUGGGCUAUAGAAGGUCUGGCCUACCUGACCCAAGACGCUGAUGUAAAGGAUGACUUUGUUGAGGACGAGCCUGCUAUGAAAGCCAUGUUUGAACUGGCCAAGUCUAAAGAUAAGACCAUCCUAUAUGCUGUGGCCUGUACCCUGGUCAACUGCACCAACAGCUAUGAGAAGAAAGAGAUCAUGCCUGAGCUGGUUCAGCUGGCCAAGUUCUCCAAGCAGCAUGUCCCAGAGCAGCACCCCAAGGACAAGAAGGAUUUCAUCCAGAAGAGAGUGAAGAGGAUGCUAAAGGGAGGGGUCAUCUCAGCUCUCACUGUCAUGGUGAAAGCUGACAACCUUCUCCUGACUGACCAGACCAAAGAGAUGCUGGCAAGGGUGUUCCUUGCCUUGGCAGAUGAUGCCAAAGACCGUGGCACCAUUUGCGCCCAUGGAGGGGGCAAGGCUCUGAUCCCAUUGGCUCUGGAGGGAUCAGCUAUAGGGAAAACAAGGGCCUCCCACGCCCUGGCCAAGAUCGCUGCUGUGUCCAACCCAGAGAUUGCCUUCCCAGGAGAGAGGAUCUAUGAGGUGGUGCGUCCUCUGGUCAGCCUGUUGCACCCCGAGAGAGAUGGGGUGCAGAACUACGAGGCACUUCUGAGUCUCACCAACUUGGCUGGUCUCAACGACAAACUGAGAGUGAAGAUCCUGAAAGAGAAGGCUCUCCCUGAGAUUGAGCAGUACAUGUUUGAAGACCAUGAUCAUAUCAGACAGGCAGCCACAGAGUGCAUGUGCAACCUGGUGACGUGCAAAGAGGUGCAGGAUCGGUACCUGGAGGAUGGGAAUGAUAGGCUGAAGCUGCUGGUGCUGAUGUGUGCUGAGGACGAUGAAAAGCUCCAGAGAGCUGCAGCCGGAGCGCUGGCCAUGCUCACUGCCGCCCAGAAGAAACUGUGCACCAAGAUGACCCUGGUGACUUUGCAGUGGAUGGAGAUCCUUCAGAGGCUCAUUCUCCAUGACCAGCCCCAGAUCCAGCACAGAGGCCUGGUGAUUGUGUACAACAUACUGAACUCGGACGACAACGAGCUGGCCAAGAAGCUGAUCGAGAGCGAGAUCCUGGAGAUCCUGACAGUGAUUGGCAAAGCAAUGGACAACCCCAAGAGGCAGCUUGUGAUCGAUGUGGCACGCACCUGCCUGGUCAAGGCCAUGGACCUCUGCCUCAUUAAGCCAUUCACAACUCCUUCUUAAAGCAGUGUUUCUUAAGCUUUUUAUAGUACUACGGACUGGCUUGCAAUGGACCUACUCCCUUAAAGGCGCAACCCAAUCAACCAGAAACAAAUCACAUAGAAAUAAGAACAUGUAUGACAGUUUCAUUUUAGUCCAAUGAGUGUGUAUAUUUGGUGGGUACACUUGCAAACGCCCAUACCCCUCACUGCCCACAGUCCUCCCAAAGUGUCAGGCCAACACUUGUUACAGUACAUUGGACUUACAGUUUGUGCCUUUUAAUGAAAACUGCAACGUGUGAGCUAAUUACAGUCUGCCUAACUUGCUGAUCAGAUACACCCCACAGAUUGAGGUCCAGAGACUGAAGAUUGAGAAACUCUGUGUUGAGUGUGGGCCAACGGACAAGGAGGCCAGGAGAUGGGACUGAUGGUGCACCUGAACAGCCACCUAUCAUGAAAUCAGAGACAGUAUAAAUUAAUCUCUUGAGAUAUUUCAUUUAGAAUUUUCAGAAAGAAAACACCAUGUGAACGUUUAACCAUUUAUUAGAAAAGAUAACCUUGCCUGUCUUGGCAUUAAAGCUCUGUCCUGCAGGGUAGCUCACUGCCAGAGCCAAGCGUCAUAUGAAUGUUAUAAUAAAACUAUAGGCAGUGAGCACGAUACGCUAUAUCAAAUCCCCCCCCGAUGGAAGAAACAGAACCCACAGGUGGAGACUGGGCUGGUGGUGGGAUAUCAGAAACAGAACCCACAGGUGGAGGCUGGGCUGGUGGUGGGAUAUCAGAAACAGAACCCACAGGUGGAGGCUGGGCUGGUGGUGGGAUAUCAGAAACAGAACCCACAGGUGGAGGCUGGGCUGGUGGUGGGGUAUCAGAAACAGAACCCACAGGUGGAGGCUGGGCUGGUGGUGGGAUAUCAGAAACAGAACCCACAGGUGGAGGCUGGGCUGGUGGUGGGGUAUCAGAAACAGAACCCACAGGUGGAGGCUGGGCUGGUGGUGGGGUAUCAGAAACAGAACCCACAGGUGGAGGCUGGGCUGGUGGUGGGAUAUCAGAAACAGAACCCACAGGUGGAGGCUGGGCUGGUGGUGGGGUAUCAGAAACAGAACCCACAGGUGGAGGCUGGGCUGGUGGUGGGAUAUCAGAAACAGAACCCACAGGUGGAGGCUGGGCUGGUGGUGGGGUAUCAGAAACAGAACCCACAGGUGGAGGCUGGGCUGGUGGUGGGGUAUCAGAAACAGAACCCACAGGUGGAGGCUGGGCUGGUGGUGGGGUAUCAGAAACAGAACCCACAGGUGGAGGCUGGGCUGGUGGUGGGACAUCAGAAACAGAACCCACAGGUGGAGGCUGGGCUGGUGGUAAAAACCCUGAGUGUAAUAUUUUCAAUUAUCCACCAUCUUGGUAUACAGCUUAUGUCAGAAUUGACCUCCAGGUGACCCCUACCCCCACAAAAAUAAGACUUCCAUCCUGAUGACUUCCAGAAAAAGAAGGCAAAUAGCCUCACACAGAUGUUGAUGUGUGUGUGUGUAUUGUUGCAUGUGCAGUAAGCCCACAAGCUGAUUCUUUCCUCCUUUCUUGGCAGAGAUCUCAGAAAAGGUUCAUUUGUAAACCCCAAAUUGAUCACGUAGAAUGUACACUGAGUGUACAAAACAUUAGGAACACAGACUGACCAGGUGAAAGCUAUGGUCCUGUAUUGAUGUAUUUUGUUAAAUCCACUUAAAUCAGUUUAGAUGAAGUGGAGGAGAUAGGUUAAAGAAGGAUCUUUAAGCCUUGAGACAUGGAUUGUGUAUGUGUGCCAUCCAGAGGGUGAAUGGGCAAGACAAAAUAUUUAAGUGCCUUUGAACUGGGUAUGGUAGUAGGUGCCAGGCGCACCGGUUUGAGUCAAGAAGUGCAAUGCUGUUAGGCUUUUCACGCUCAACAGUUUCCCAUGUGUAUCAAGAAUGGUCCACCACCUUAAAGGCAUCCAGCCAACUUGACACCACUGUGGGAAGCAUUAGUCAACAUCCCUGUGGAAUGCUUUCGACACCUUUUAGAGUCUAUCCCCCGACAAAUUGAGGCUGCUCUGAGGGCAAAAGGGAGUGCAACUCAAAAUCUUAAUGUUUUGUACACUUUGUGUAUAUGCUAUAUCUCACGUUCAGGCCUUCCGAAUAAAGUAAUGUUUGCUGUGACACAUAAAACAUUUUCCGUAGGUCUGUAUUAUUCCACAAAGUUCUAUCUAGCGCUGCUGUGAUGGGGAGGAGCGCAUAACCUUGUGAUGUAGCGCCAAAGAUUAUCUAUUAUAUUGACAAGAUAUACACGUGACCACUCUAACAAAGGAAAUACAUGUCCUCAAAGAUGGCAGGCGGGCGGGAGGAGGCGAGAUCAGGUGGGACCAUUCUAGCCAAUGAGAGUGCAGAUACGAUUGAAAACAACAGGCCAGCGAGAUAGAGGACUCAUCUUUGUAUCUGUUCCAUUAUAGCGUUUGUGACAGCAUUGGCAGCACCAUUGAGCCUAACUCCAUUUUAAAGUAGAUGCAUGCCAGCAAAGCCACUCCACAACACAACACUGAACAAUACAUUAACUGCACUAUAAUUGUGACAAAUGGUGCCCACAAACUAUUAGGGCCUACAUAAAACUGUCCCAACAGAAAAGCUUUCUUUUCAGCACCAUGGAGUGAAUCCUUACCACCACUACACCUGGCUAUCAGUAGAUACUUAUCUGGCAGCGAAGCAGUUAAUUCAGCCUCAUCUACUGCCUUUUAAAAAACAUAGUUGGUCUUUUUUUUUUCAUUAAAUUGAACUUUUAUUUAACUAGGCAAGAAAACAUUAUUAUUUACAAUGACAGCCUACACCAGCCAAACCCAGAUGACACUGGACCAAUUGUGCCCCGCCCUGUGGGACUCCCAAUCACAGCCGACUGUGAUAUAGCCUGGAUUUGAACCAGGGUAUCUGUAGUGACCCCUCUAGCACUGAGAUGCAGAGCCUUAGACCGCUGCGCCACUCGGGAGCUAUGGCUGACUUGUGUCACGCCCUGACCAUAGUAAGCUGUUUUUUCUCUGUGUUGGUUGGGGCGUGAUAGUGUCUAGGGUGGGUCAUCUAGGGUUUUUUGUAUGUCUAUGUUGGCCUGAUAUGGUUCCCAAUCAGAGACAGCUGUUUAUCGUUGUCUCUGAUUGGGGAUCAUAUUUAGGUAGCCAUUUCCCUUUUGUGUUUGUGGGAUCUUGUCUAUGUUUAGUUGCCUGUCUGCACUAGUUGUAUAGCUUCACGGUUCAUUCGUUGUUCUUCAUUGUUUUGUUUAGUGAGUUUCUCUUUAUUCAAAUGAUGUAGAACUUUAUGCACGCUGCACCUUGGUCUCAUCAUUACGACGAUAGUGACAGAAGAUCCCACCAACAAAGGACCAAGCAGCGUGCCCAGAAGGAGGA